AUGGACGUUGCAGACACUCCCGCGAGAAACACGAUAUCCUCACAAAGCCCACGUCUAAGCCUACGACCAGAGGUGGGGGCGCACUCAACCUCGUUUGACGAGCUCACACUUGAGCCUAUGAUCAAAGAGACUGUCGGUCAGCGCAACGCAUCCGCUGUCAGCGCCGUGCCGUUGUGGACCACCUCCUCUUGCGCGUUGUCCAAGCACCGUGCAAACUACAACGCGAUCCGCGCCAACGUGUCCCUCGGAGGCGAGGGUUUGCCUACGGCUCAGUCGAUAUGGAAUGACAUGGCCAGUCUCAUAAAGGGCUGCGUUGGACGGAAAAAGAAGUACACGGAUUUGCCAGCACGCAUUCUGGUUCCACGCGACGAGGAUCAAGUCCAGACUGACGAAGUCCCGCCGCAUCGAUCGACCCAAAGAAAAUGCUUCAUCGCCAAGGUGAUGUUCUUGACAGCCGUUGGACGACCUUGUUGGGAGAAAGUCAAGUUAGAAUGGUUCGACGGGAAAUUCAACACGUGGCACUUUAACUACGUGGUUCCAGCAGCUCGAUUGUCACGCAACCGCCCCCCUGGCACGUUGGAGAUUCGACUGGUGAAUGUCAGGCGUCCUGUGUACAAGAAGAUGUUGGUUGAGAAUGUCAUCCCAUCAAUCAAGGCAAAUUGGCCCGCCGACAGUACCCGGUGCGUUGUGAUCCAGCAAGGCAACGAGCGUGCGCAUGUUGCGCCAUGGGAUAAAGCAGUUGUAAAUGCGUAUGAGGAGAUCGACCAGCUCGAGGCACUGAUGAAGUAUUAUCACAACGACAAGAUUCUGCGCGCAGCCAUUGACUCGCACGACUAG